GUGGCAACAUCAACGUUAGAAACGCUCAAAAAGAGUCAGCAGCUGAAGAAUCUGAGUGGACAGGCGUCAUCGAGAUCCGGCCCAUAUUCAAUCGCAAAUUGAGUGAUACAGAGUGCACUGAUAGUUUGUAGAACUGCUAGCACUUAAGCCAUGGUAAAGGACACAGAAUACUAUGAAAUCUUGGGGGUCGGGGUGGAUGCCACGCCCGCAGAAAUUAAGAAAGCAUACUAUGUCAAGGCAAGGGUAGUACAUCCAGAUAAAAAUCCCGGGGAUCCACAAGCUGCUCAUAAAUUCCAGGUGCUUGGAGAGGCUUAUCAGGUCCUGAGUGAUCCACAGAAACGAGAAACUUAUGACAAACAUGGGAAAGAUGGAGUGCAACAGGACACAAUGGUGGACCCUGCUGCUGUUUUUGGAAUGCUAUUUGGGAGUGAUUACUUUGAAGACUAUGUGGGGCAACUUUUACUGGCUUCUUUGUCAGCUGUUGAAGUAGAUGAAGAGGAAUCUACUCCUCCUGAAGUCCGGAAAAAGAAUAUUCAGGAUAAAUUGAAGGCAUUGCAGAAGGAAAGGGAGGAGAAGCUUGUAACAAUUUUAAAAGAUCGUCUUCAACCAUAUGUUGAAGGCCGUACUGAGGAGUUUGUAAGUUGGUCAACAUCAGAAGCACGCCGCCUUUCUCAAGCUGCUUUUGGCGAGGCUAUGCUACAUACUAUUGGUUAUAUUUACAGAAGGCAAGCAGCAAAAGAAAUUGGGAAGGAUAUACGCUUCAUGAAGGUGCCAUUUUUAGCAGAAUGGGUACGAGAUAAAGGACACCGCAUAAAGUCCCAAGUUUCAGCUGCUUCAGGUGCCAUCUCUUUGCUUCAAAUACAAGAGGAAGUGAGGAAGUCAGCUGAGGGAGAGAAUAAAGAAGAAGAUGUAAUCAAAACUCUAGAGGAAAAGAAAGAUGCCAUGCUUAAUUCCCUUUGGCAGAUCAAUGUUGUUGAUAUUGAGACAACUUUAUCUCAUGUUUGUCAAGCAGUCCUUAAAGACCCCAGUGCUACAAAGGAGACUCUCAAGAUGCGUGCUAUGGCAAUGAAAAAGUUGGGAACAAUUUUUGAAGGUGCAAAGGCAAAUUACUCUAGAGAAAGCAGUCUGCGUCAUGAAAGCCCCCAAAAUAUAGAAGGCGGUUCAUCAUCCAAGUGAGGCUAAUUCUUCAUUAAUUAUAUUCUACGGCGUUAAUAUUUGGUGCUUCAGUAGUUUUUAAUUUCGGUGUGGUGGUGUUGUAUAUUUUGUUUGUAAUGUGUAAUGCCUUAAAUGGUAUGGAUACUGACAGUUCUUUGUCAUUUGGUCUUCUUCUUUCUUGAAACUGGAUUCAUUGUAUGAUUCUACUUAUAAAUUUGAGUGUGAACUUAAUCUC